AUGGACAAAGAACAGCCGGACUCGCCCAGCAUUUCCAAUUAUGACGACGACGACCUGUCCAUGGAGGCGUUGCUAAAGAGAAUAGACGACUUCCAGAGGAGGGAGGAAUUGAUUACGAUCGAGAGACUGGAGAAAGAGAUUUCGUCAUUACGAUAUCAGAUUUCAUGCCACCAGAGAAGUCUGCACGUCACCUUUAAUUUGCUGCAAGAAGCCUUUGAUGCAGCCGUCCUUAUUAAGACAGCCCUCCAGACAUGCGAUGAAGAGGAAGAAAUGGCCAAUGCAGAUUGGCUAGCUUUUUGGGGAAUCCAUAUCGAGACUCGGUCAGCUCUAGAGUAUCGACCGAUGGAGUGGCCUCAGGAAUGGAUCUAGCGACGACAGAGGGUCGAAAUCAAGUGUCGGCUUCAAAUGUACCCGCAGACGAUCAGAUCUCAGUUCAAUGACGAUAUGAUUUCCAUGGCCUAAGCGCAAAUAAUUCAUUAAGAACACCUUCGGGCUUCGUCAGUUUCUAGCAUCGAGGGUUAAGGUACUUUUUCAAACGAUAUUCUCAAAAUGCUUUGAAGUUGGUGAAUUUACUGGCCUGCCGAUUGUACAAAAUGCCCUAAGACGGUAACUCCUUAAUCGUACCCGAUUGCCAAACUAC